CUUAAUUUCAAGCAAAAUUUGGUAAUAACGGUCAACGGCUUUUGCGGACCCAUCGUUAAAGUCGCUUCAAGCUCUUCGAGAGCCUUCGCGAUUCUUCUUUCAGCUGUAUUUUUUUUCUUCUUUCAGCUAUACAAUUUGCAUAAAUAUUCUUUUCUUCAUGUUGUUUUUUUUGGAAACUGUUAGUACUUAGAUUACUGUUUAAAAUAAAAUAAGAGGAAACUAUUUAAAAACUAUAGCCAUGUCUUUUUGUACAGAUUCAAAAUAAUAUUACUCUUGUUCAAAAAAAAAAAAAAAUGUUUGCAUAUUUCCGCCAUAUAAAUUUGGAAUAAAAUAAAAUAAAAAAUAGAAAUGAAAAAUCGUUGCUAAUAAUGAAAAAAUAAGAGUACUACUGUACUAAAUCAUCAUCAGAAACUACCGGAUCCAGCUGUUCUUAUCCUUCCUCAAGUGCCACCUGUCAGGCUGACGCCGGCGACCAUGACUACCGGCCUCUCUUCUUCCUCCAUUGGACCCUUCAUUCACGUUGAAAAGUCUGCCAUGGCGGCUCCAGCUUCUCAGACCCAUAUCCAUUCCCCUCUUAUCUCUGCUUCUCGUUGGGAUGUUGCUGAUCAAUGCCGAGUCGUUAUGGCAAAGAAAUUCGAGCAAAAAGGUGCUUGUCUGACAAAUGAAAAGGUUCGGAGAAGGUCAAUCUUGCAGAGCAUUGUGUUUGCUCCCAUAUUUGCAAAUGCUGAUCUGAUUCUAGCUGCUCCAAAUCAGGAUAUGAAAGAGCCUGAUGUUAUAAGGACAUUGAAGCUUGCCAGUGGAGUUAGGAUACAGGAAAUUGUUGAAGGAAAUGGACCAGAAGUUCAUGGGGGCGAUGUUGUGGAAGUAAAUUAUGUAUGCCGAAGGUCGAAUGGAUAUUUUGUGCAUAGUACUGUGGAUCAAUUUAGUGGAGAAAGUGCUCCUGUUAUACUUGCUCUGGAUGACAAGCAGGUUAUUGAAGGCCUCAAAGAGGUUUUGAUUGGCAUGAAGGCUGGAGGAAAGAGGAGGGCGUUGAUUCCUCCUUCAGUGGGCUACAUCAGUGAAAACUUGGUGCCAAUCCCUGUAGAGUUUGGACCCCGACGGAGCCUCUUGUCUCACGCUAAAGAGCCUCUGAUUUUUGAAGUGCAGCUCCUGAAGAUUUUAUGACUUAUCUCCGCGCAUCAGAGUGGACAGAUAGACGCUUCAAUUGAUUGGAGUCUUGUAAGGAAUUCAGGAAAUACUUGUUGAAUUGACUGAAAUUUAUGGCACGAUGUGUUAGGCGGACAAAGUUUAUGUGAUAAGUUAUCAAUCAAUGAAGUUGAGGGUGAAGUUUAUCAACCUUUUAAAGCGUGUCAAUGCAGUGUUAUGGAACACAAAAGUUGGGUGAUCCCUAACAUAAUCGCCAUAUAGGAACUCCAAUUUGGGACUAAUUGUAGGUAGCUUUCUCUGUUAUCUGGUUUGACAUGAUUAAUGCAGACACAUAUUAGAAUCUUUUCAGAUUCUUAAUCAUUUACUUAUAUGAAAUGACCUCAUUAAAACAGGGCAGAUAUAAGAAACAAGAAAUACCAAAAAAUCUCAACGAAAUCAAAGCUAAAGGUCUUUGAACAUGCUGGUCCAAGAAAGAUGGACACGAAAGCUAGCGGAUCAGCAAAUUGGAUUAGAUACCUCACAAGUCUUGAUCACAUAUACUAUAUGGCUCAAUUCGCCCGUCAAGUGGACAGGCCAAUAUUCUUUUAACCUAAAAAUUAAGUCUAGAUUUUUUUUUUUUUCCAUUUAUCGAAGCAGCUCAAAAGCACUACUCAAAUUUGUAAAGUAUUGACGCCCAACUAUAUUUGGUCUCUUUUUCAAAAACUAUAUUUG